AUGCAUCGGUCUUCCAUACAGUCCUUGCCCGCGAAGACCCUGGCUCGCCAAGCCGCCCGAGCUAUACUAGCAGACCCAUGGUUCUCCGAUCCCGCACAAGCACCCAUGCUUUUUGGUUUUGACACGAGCCGAGGUGAUUUCACGUCAACGCUAACCCAUGGCAUGGCCAUAGACGUUAAGUUGGACCGCAGCAUUAUUCGUUUCGCGCUAGUGGGUACUGACUGGGAGCCCGCCAUCAAGUAUUCUCGAGUCGUGCUCUGA